AAACCCGUCCGUUCGGAUUUGGGUAAACAGAGACACCUAGAGGACAAGUGGCGCUACUACACCAGCAUACAGUCAAUCCGGCAAACGGAGCCACCUAGUGGACAGAGGAUGUUCCUACAGCAUCCCACUGUUUUCACUCGAGAGUGAAAAUGAAACUGAACGGCUUCUUUAGUUGUGAGUGGUUAUAGCAACGCAAAGCGUGGCUGGAGAAAAGGCGGUAAGAGCGGGCUGCGAUGUUUUCUGGGCUCCAUGGCUACAGUCAUGGCGGACAGCGGCAGGACGGUGGUCGUAUCCGGUGUGCCCGCGGUGCUGGAGUUCAGCAGAAUGGUCGACAAGUUGACCAUCCACUUUCAGAGCCGCAGGAUAAGUCACGGAGGGGACGUGGAAGUCGUGAAAUACCCCACUAACAUGGUCGGAGUAGCCUUCGUGACUUUUGACCAAGCUGAAGAUGCAAAGCGGGUGGUGAGAAAGGAGCAGCACAUCAUGAUGGAUGAGGAGUUUACUCAAGGCUACGCUCUCACUGUGUUUCCCUUCAGCACUGAUGUGUUUCUGUACGUGGCCGGCGCUACGGUGGACCUCUCAGUUUUCGGCAGAGAUCAGGCCUCUCUGAUCAAAAGUCUGCAAUCAACUCACAGAUCAAUCCGCUUCCAAGCGUCGCUCCAGCAGAGGAAGGCCUCCAUAGAGGGUCCCGUCUCUGCCGUCUGUGCCCUGAAAGAGGACCUCAUCCGCAGGGCCAGCCAUCUCAGACCCUCAUCCCAAACCGCAGUCGGCAAACCCAGAGCUAGCUCUCCUCAUCCUAGACUAGCAUUCGAGAAUAACCCAACAAGCUGCAGAAGCACAGACGCUAACAGGGAAGCAGCAAACUCCAGCAGCUUAUCAAAGUCACCUCACAGCACCGGAGAAGCAGGAGAAGUCCAAAGCCUGAUCUCCAAAGCAGAAACUCCAAAAGCUUCCUUGAGGCAGAAAGUCUCUAAUGAGAGUUUGGCUGGAGGGAGCUUCAGACAAGCGGUUGGGGAGGAAAUAAGUACACGACUCGUCUCCUCAUCAGCGCUCGCAUGGUUCCCUAUGGAGGAGACAUUCACUAAACAACAAAGAGAUUAUAGGAGUCCACAACAACCCGGCAAGUCGGACAAAAUCCCUGCCAUCCAGAGCGGAGCUAAUUAUUGGAAGGAUCCCGGCAGCCCGAUGAGAAACAGUAAGUUCCCUCAGAAUGACCUGAGAAAAGGUUCAAUUCCCUCAACAAGCAACGCAGGGGCUUCUGAAGCCAUUUUGGUUGACUUGCACACGUUCAGGUACAUAGAAAAAAUUCGCAAGACAGAGUUAGACAGGUGCUUGAAGGACGUUGACAUGACUACCAAGGAAGUAGAAGGAACUGGAGUUAUGCAAAUAUCACUGAGUGAGAAACAACCCUCUGGGGCCUCAUCAAGAACCCUCAAAGACGCUGUGGGAAACCUGGAGAAUAUGAUCAGCUUUUGGCAGUCUCAACUGAGAGUUCACGUGAUCUUGUACAACAAAGCAAAGUUUUUUGACAAGCAGAAACUGAUUGAGAUCUGCAACCAUGUGAACUCCUGGUAUAGUAACGUUCUGUAUGUGUUGGAGAAUUCCUCCAUUAAAGUGAUCGGCCCUUUAGCAAGCAUGCUCCUGUUCAGUAAGGAGCUGGAGGACAGGAUGGAUAAAUACACUCCUGUGAAGCCUAUUAUAGGCAAAAACAGGAGAUAAAAUCACAUAUGAGACCACAAGGGGGAGCUGUUGGGCCUGACAAAACCUUUUCUUGCACUGAAAUUAGCACGUACAUUUCUGCUUUUACAACAAAUGUGCCCAAACAAAAAAAAGACUUUUGUUUUAUUUAAUUUUUGUUUUAUGUAAUCUGUUUUGCAUAAAUCAUUGCUCUAUUACAGAAGACAAACUUCUCAUUAAAACCUAAAAGGUGACAGAUGACAACCUGCCUGAUGUAAUCACAUCACUACAACUUCUUUCAAUAAACUCAUGCAGUAUUUUGAUUGGUCUGUCGCCAUCAAUAAAACACUGACAUCUGC